AUGGCGUCCACAGAGGCAGGGGAGGAGAGCUCUAAACUCAAUAUAACAUAUAUUCCUGUGGCACUGAACAAACCUGUGGAUUUGGAGGACACAUUGCCCGACGCAGUGUUGCGGGUGGAGGCAGACUCUUUCUUCGUGAAUCGGAAGAGGCUGGCAGAACUCAGUCCGUAUUUCCGUGCCCUCUUCUUUGGCGGCGGUAAAGAGAGCAGUAAAAGAGACAUAGAGAUCAGAGGAGUGCCCGAGGAGCAGUUUCGCAUACUCAUGGAAUUCGCCAAAACUCUUAAACUACCUCUGAACAGGCAAAAUGUCCUGGGGAUCUUGGAGGCCGCUGACUUCCUCCAGCUGGAGAGGGCCAGGCUGUUGUGCUGUAAAUUCCUGGAGAGGGAGCUGCAUCUGAGUAACUGUCUGGGCAUGAUGGCGUACGCCUGGCAGCUGGGCUGUUUGCAGCUGUACGCCGCAGCCAGAGACGUGGCCCUCACCCACCUGCCGGCCAUCGCGUCUCACGAAGACUUCCUCUACCUGCCCAAGGAGAGCGUGGCGGACCUCAUCGCCAGCGACGACCUGUUUGUCAUCAGAGAAGACAUGGCCUUCGAGGUGACACUGCGCUGGGCGACCUUUGACCCCGGACGAGAGGAGGACUUCAUGGAGCUGAUGGGGCUGGUGCGGCCCGAGUCCCUGAGCCUCCCCUACCUCACCGAUCUGCUGACCCGGCUCAAGGGCUCGGACCCGCGGGCCAAGCUCAUCUGCCGCCUCAACGACAACUCCCCCGCCAGCUGGCACGCGGGCCGCUCCGUGCCCCGGGGGCGCUCCAGCGAGUUCCUGUUUGUGAUCGGAGGGCCCCACGACGGGGACGCGCCGCAGCUGCUGUACCAGUUCAACCCUCGCAGCAGCAGGUGGCAGUCUUGCGCUCCGCUUGAGAGGAGGAAGCUCACACAGUACUCCGUUGCUGCAGUGGAAGAAAACGUGGUGGUGACAGGAGGCUCCUUCCGUGAGAUUGGCUGGUACUGUGUGGACUGGGUGUCCAUAUACCUGUGUGGGAAGAGGCGCUGGGUGGAGGGCCCAGCCCUGCAGAAGUCCCGGCGCAGCCACUGCUCCGUCGGUGUGGGUGACAGGCUGUACGUGAUGGGGGGUACCAUGGAUGAGGGUCUGGUGGCUGACGUCGAGGUGCUUGUGCUGGGGUCGGAGGACUGGGUGGAGGUGAGCCCCAUGGUGCGGGCGGUGGAGAGGGCGGCCGUGGCCCACAUGGGAUCCUGCAUCUAUGUGGCCUGUGGGCUGGAUGAGAAUGGAGACGUGUACGGUGGGGUGCAGUGUUAUCACCUGAAGACUGACCAGUGGGACGUGGUCUCCUAUUGCCCCUACCCUCGCUAUGACCUUGUGGCAUCUGACCUGAAUGGCGCUCUUUACCUCUUUGGAGGCCAAGCCUGGAGACUGGACGUGGAAACGGACGAGUGGACCCUGCUGGAAGAGGAGUGUGUGGACAGGAAGUUUUUCAGCGGCUGUGCCACCAGCGGCGGCCAAGUCUAUCUCCUGAGCCAGAACAAACUGAAGUCAACCAUUCCCAAUAUGGUUCUACUGGACCCGUACACUGACACUUGCCAGGAGAUAGACAAUGCCAUACCCUGUCCAAUUCCUGUUCGUGGAUGUGUCACAGUGCGUAUGAUAAAAGACUGAAACAUCUGAA